AUGCGUGUGCUGUUUUGGAAUAUUAAUGGGAUUGUGCGUGAUGAGGCACAAUGUAAACUUCAAGAAUUAGUUAGAGUUCAUAAGCCUGAUAUUAUUGGCAUUUCUGAGCCUAGAGUGUCUUUCUCCUCUAGAUCUAUGCGACGCUUUAAGAUUGAAGGUUUUCAUAAUUCAAUAAUUCAUAAUUCUACUGAUUCUUCUGUUGGGAAUUUGUGGGUUAUGUGGUCUCUGAAUCUUUCAGAACCAGCGGUGUUAAAUAUGUCAAGGCAAGCUAUUUUUAUUUCAGUUGAUGGAGUGUAUAUUUCUUUGGUCCAUGCGAGCUCGGUUCAAACUACCAGGACAAAUCUUUGGCAACAAUUGAAUAUGGGAUCACAACAGGUUCCGUGGUUAGUUUUGGGUGACUUCAAUUGUGUCUUACGUAAUGAAGAAAAAAAGGGUGGUGCUACUCCAAGAAUAUCAGUUGUUAAUGAAUUCAGUGACUGGAUUGAUGACAAUAGUAUCUUUGAAGCUGAAGCUUUGGGGUGUAAGUUCACUUGGUGCAAUAGACAGUCUGGAGCUCAUAGAAUUGUGAGAAAGUUAGACCAUGGUGUGAUCAACGAAUAUUGGAUGGAACGUUUUGAGAAUUGGCGGCGUGAAGCUCUUCCCAGGGAAGUUUCUGACCAUUCCCCUCUUAUUGGUUAUCCUUUUGUGAAUACUAGACCUAGAAGAGCUCCUUUUCAGGUCCAGAAGAUGUGGUUUUUACAUCAUGAUUUUAUGAGAAUGGUGCGUGAUAGCUGGAAUGCUCCUUUGGUUGGAUCUCCGGCUUUUAUUUUUCCUCAAAAAUUGAAGCGGCUUAAGGUUGAGAUGAAGUUGUGGAAUCAAUUGGUUUUCGGCAAUGUCCAUGUUAGAUUAAAACAAGCGCAACUCAGGCUUGAAGAGGCUAUUAGGGUGAUGGAUGAUGACCCUUCAGAUGUUCAUAAGAAAAAUGUAAUGAAGGAUGCUCAGGGACAUGAUUGUGGAUUACUAUCAGGCAAAAUUCAAUGGGGUAAUUCAGUUCUGGUGGAUUCUCUCUUUGAUUAUGAGCAUGAGAGUAUUUCUAUGGAGGAGAGUAUUUUUAUGGAUCGUUUGCCAACUGGAGAUGAAAUUCGUGAAGCUGUCUUUGACUCGGGUGCGGAUAGUGCGCCAGGGCCUGAUGGCUUGUUGUUGCUUUUGACCAAGGAGAGGGGUGCUAAUACUCUAAGGAACUUUAGAUCAAUUGGUCUUAGUAAUUUCUUUUUCAAGAUUUUUACUAAGAUUCUUGCUACUCGGUUAGGAAGUGUCCUAGGUAAUAUAGUUUCAGAGGAACAAGUGGCUUUUAUGAAGGGUCGUAAUAUCCAUGAGAAUAUUAGUCUAGCUUCGGAAAUGGUGAAUGAGUUGCAAAUUAAGCGCAAGGAAGGUAAUGUUGUCUUAAAUCUUGAUAUCAUGCAGGCUUUUGAUACUACCGGAAGGUUUUUCAGUAUUGAUCGAGGUUUGAGGCAGGGGGAUCCUUUAUCGCCUUUGAUUUUUGUGUUGAUUGAAGAUGUUCUGAGCCGUAAUAUCACGAAAUUAUUUCAUGAGAAAAAGAUGACAACUCAUGUUACUAGAAAAGGUAUCUCUCCUACUCAUUUAUUUUUUGCCGAUGAUAUCGUGAUUUUUUGUAAAGGGAAUAUGAAGAGUUUGGAAAACUUGGUUAAUCUUCUUGGUUCUUAUCAACGUGAUUCGGGUCAAACUGUUAGCCGUGAAAAGAGAAAAAUCUAUUAUGGAGGAGGUUCUCUGAAUAGGAGAACAACUAUUGCUGAAUUUUUAGGCAUGCCAAUUGCCACUUUUCCUGAUAGAUACUUGCGGGUGAAGGUUAUGCCAUGGGCGGUCAAAUAUCACCAUAUUAGUAAUGAGGUUGAGAAGAUUAAAAAUCAGCUGGCAGGUUGGAAUGGGAGGAUGCUAUCUUUUCAAGACAGGGUGGUGCUGGUCAAGUCGGUGAUAGCAAGUUAUUCAAUUCAUAAUAUGGUUGUUUACAAGUGGCCUAGAAAAUUUGUUCAUCAAUGUGAAGUUGUUAUUCGUAAUUUCUUAUGGUCUGGGGAUUCUCAGGUGAGUAGACGUUUUGUGGUUGCCUAUGAUAAGAUUUGUGCUCCUUACAAUGAAGGGGGUCUUGGGAUUACUCAAAUGGUGGUUAUGAACAAAGCCAUGCUCAUGAAAUUGUGCUGGAAUAUUUGUAACUCGAAAAAGGCUUGGGCAAGAUAUCUUCGCGCUAAGUUCUUUGGUCACAAUGGUAAGCUGGUAGGUUACAUUAAAUCUUCCAUUUUCCCAGGUUUUAAAUGGGUGCAUGGUGAAGUUCAGUUUAAUUCCAAGAGGCUGAUUGGAGAUGGUCGGAGUACUUCUUUGUAUUUUGAUGCCUGUGAAUGUAUUCAUGAUGGGGCAUGGGUUUUCAAUGACAAUGUGCCUGAAAAUUUGCUUGUUGCUGGUGUGGAUUUGAAAAAUCUACCAAUGCCAAUGGGAGGUGAUGAUUAUAGCGUUUGGAAUCCAGACUACAAAGGGAGGUUUUCUGUCAGUUCGGCCAAAGACCUAAUCAGGCGAAGAUAUCCUUCUUUGGAAGGAAGCAACUUGUUGUGGAGGCAGUCUGUGCAUCCUGCACUUGCGGCUAGGAAUUGGAAGCUGCUUCGUGGAUCAUGUGCAACCUUAGAUAAGGUGAAAUCAAGAUUCAAAUUUCAGGUGGUAAAUAAAUGUUGCUUAUGCAACCAGCAAGAAGAAACGUUGGAACAUAUCCUGUGGUCGUGUAGCUCUGCAGUGCGUGCUUGGGACUGGAUUUCAGGAGUUUUUGUCAUUUCUCCACAACAAAAUAUAGUUACUUGUUAUAAGGCUGCAAAAAGUAGAAGUCGCAUGGUCAAAGACUUGUGGCUAUUAGCUAUUUUGGUAAUCAGGUCAGAAUUGUGGAUGACUCGUAAUGGGUUUGUCUCUGGUAAUCAAAGGGUUUGUUGGCUUUACUUUCAAAAGAAAAUCUUUAACCAGAUUCAGGAUUAUUCUACAAGGCUUAAGGGUUGUAUGUUUAAUAUCCAAGCUGAUCUCCAAGUUCUCUCUUUCUUCAGAGUUCGUCAUAGAAAGGUUAAACAUGAUGUUCCAAAAGAGUGCUAUUGGGAGCCUCCGAGGAAUGAUGAGUUGAUGCUAUGUUGUGAUGGUGCAGCUCGCGGAAACCCUGUUAGAGCAGGCGCUGGUGUAGUUGUUCGUGAUGCCAACGCUGUUGUGGUUGGUGCUAUGAGUGUUGGUUUUGGCGUACAGACUAAUUACUUGGCAGAGGUUUUUUGUGUGAUUGUUGUCUUAGAAUGGGCUAGCAAGUUUGGCGUUGGAAAAAUUUGCAUUCGGACAGACUCUAUGAGUGCAGUGUUAGUCUAUUCUGGUGAUAUCAAUGGUAUUCCAUGGUUUCUUAGGCCAAGAUGGGUUGCAGUAAAAUCUAGAUACAAUUCAAUUCGUUUUGUGCACACUUAUAGGGAGGCAAAUUUUGCAGCUAAUUACAUGGCAAAAAGAGGCUGCUUGUUGGAGGAAGGUGAAGGGCUAAGCUAUGACAACAAGCCUGAUUUCAUUUUAUCUAUUGAAUUACCAAAUGUAACUUAUUUUGGUUUUAAUUUGGUUGUAAGUUUUUUGGGGUUCUCUGCCUCUUUUAUUACAACUUCUCUUGUAAAUCUUGUUAUUCAUUAA